AUGGAUCAUCUUGAAGAUGAUGAAAAAAGUUAUUACAAAAACUUAAAAGAGUUAGAUAAGGCUGAGGUUGAAAAAAUACAAAGGUUCUUUUCUUAUUGGAAUCAAUUUCAAGUUGACAAGAAUGAGGUCAAGUUUACAUAUCUUUAUAAGCUUAUCGAAAAACCAAGAAAUUUGACUUGGAAGGCAGAAACUGUUGGAGGAAAAAUCGUCAUUGUCAAGUUCACAAAGAACUAUAAUUUGGAUAAAAAUAUUCUUUAUGCUGAUGAUGAAUCUUUUAAAGAGUUAGUUUCUGAUUCAGUUUCAGCAAAAUCAUCUUUCCCAGAUGAAUUGGCAAGAAAAUACCUAAUGGUAUCAAA